GUCACCGUCUUCCGAAGUUGAAUCUCGUUAAAUUUUAAGUAAUUUUCGGAGUGAAUUUCGGAGCAAGUCUCAGAGAUUUCAGAGUAAUGAAUCUCAGAGUCGGUGAAUAUCGGAACAUUAUGGUUAAUUACCGCGUUUUUAACAGUUCUUUUUUUGUAAUACCAUAAUUUUUCGGAGUAAUUCGGUAUAUUUAACCACCAACCCCAGUAUGGCGAAGUUUAUUCCAUGGACGACAAGGACACUCAAAACAGAACUGCCAGCUACCAUUAAUCAGAAGCUCCUUGUCCAUCAAUUGGUAUCCAAUUGUGCCUGUAGAUGAUAAAAUUAAUCUCCUAAGUUACUCUGUCAUAGAGUGUGAUAAGGUCACGGAGAUAAAAGUCGUAUGAAGAUAAGAUUCCAUUUGGCUAGUAAAUGAAAAAAAUGACAAAAGCAUCAUCUAUCUUUUUCCAGUGCUCUGUGAAAACAGUUCAGAAUGUCUCGGAAAUAUUUUAUUAUGCACAUAAGAUAGUUCUGCAUCCAACUACAUCUUUAUAUAAUCUUAUACAGAAGCUUACAGAAGAAUGUAAAACUAUCCUACAGCUAAUUUUUAAAGCAGGAGACAAACCGAAAAAAAAAACAAAGAAACUCAUCCGUUCUUAUAGAAAGCUCUUUUAUGGAUAUGCAGAUAAUAAAAGAAAUCAAUUCAUAAAGCAAGAGCUAAUGACUAAUCAGAAUGAACCUAGAACUAGCUGAGAAUAAUGUUCCACAAAUACUAAAAUUGGUACGUUGCAUCGGCUACUGAAACCGGUUAUAAUUAUAGACAAUUAUAAAUUGAGGAAAAAUAGUGAAUAUACACCUAUUUGUUGCCGCUAUUUAUAACAAUUUCAUCACUUGUCCCUGGUAUUUUUCAUUGCACGAAUCCUAUUAUAUUUUUUAAUAAUAUUGGUCUACUAUGAUGUUGGAGUAUACGACGUGAAUUAACUUCGUAUAUAUACCAGAGUAAACCCCUGUAUAAAUCCCUCCCCCCCGGGAAUAUUAAGGUACCAAUAUCCACACCCGGAAUUGGCCCAAUAUGAUUCCUAGGAAUCAUUGCAAAAUAUUUUUCCGGACACAACUGUGUUCAACUGUCUCUAACUUGUAACGCGCAAGUAAGUUUACGUUAUAUACUGAGUUGGUGGCAGACUGGUCGUCGAUAUUUAUUAUGAUUUUCAGUUUAGGGAUUAAUUUUGACAGAAACACAGGAGUGGGAACAGGCAUGUAUAUCGCUACAUAACUCAAAAACAAAU